GUCAAUCUCCCCAUUUCCGGGGUGUUUGUCCGCAGUGGAUUCUGGAGCUGGUUUUACACACGUGUGUGUGGAGGAGGAAAGCUGUCAUCAAAAUCCCUGAAUGCUCGCCAUCUCCACCGAGGAAUAUUCACAAGCUUAGCAGUCACAUUGCAGAUCUGAAGCAGUCACAAUGGAUAGAUGGCAGACAUGUUCCACACCUCACACGGCGGUCGGCACGCGGGGAAGCCGAUUCGUUUUAUGGGAACCGGCCGCCAAGAUGGGUUCAGAAUCGGCCAGGUGGUUCAGGGCCAUCGAAUCAGGGCGGUGGGAUCUAGAGAGCUUUGUUUGGGAUGACAACAGCCAUGGCCCGAAGCUGGAGCUGUGACGCAUGCAUUGAAUCGCGGGAAGAGCUCGAAUCCAUGCUGGGCCAGAACCCCUGCCGGUGAUCUGCCAGCUUCAUGGCAGUGUCUCUCACUCUCUCCUCUGUGAGCUGCAUGCUCGUGGUGCCGUGUCGUGUAAGGGUUGCAGCUGCUGGCUAUUUGCUCUAUGCCCCAUUGAGGGAAAGGACCAGUCAAAUUGGGUGACUAGCUGUGGCUCGACGAUUCAAGCAGGAUCAAGGAAGCCGUCUGUAAUCUCUCUUCCUUCCUUUUGGUAUGACGCAUUCAAUCAUUUCACAAGUGCUCCCCAUGCUGCAACGUCACUUCUUGGUCCCUCCUGGUCUUGUCCUCUCUUUUCUUGCUUACUGAUAUUAAACGGCCUCCCACCGUCACCCGGGAUCAUACACCGGUCAUCCUCUAAAACCUCGUUACUUCCCAGACCUUGUCUGCAUAUUCCACUUUACCUCGAGACACACGACUCGCAGCAUUCGAUACCCGAUACCCCGCCCACAGUUUAGUCGUUUUUUUUUUUUUUAGAUACCCCCGGGACUCUACUAGUGAUACCCUGUUUCCUAUCAGCCAGCCCCCAGAUCCAACCGUCAUGGCUACCAACGGCGCAGCGAAGGUCAACAGACCAACCAACACUAAGGAGAAGGAGGCCGAUGUCAACCGCAAGCUUCAGUUCUACGGUAUUGCCAGUGCCUUCCAGAAUGGCAAGGUGCCAUCGAACGACCAAAUCGAUGUCGCCCUGAGCAGCUUCCUCGAGUCUAAGGCGCUCUCGAACCCCUCAUCCAAGUUGUCUGGCGAAGGAAAGGCGCUCGUUGCUGAUUUCAGAGAAGUGGUGAAGCAAGCAAAGAACCUCCUUCUGUCCAAGAACGAGGGCAACCUGCUUCAAGAUUUCAUCUGGCAAACACAGCAAUUCGACCCCAAAACCGUCAAUGUUCCUGGUGCUCCCGUUGACAAGGACACGGCGCAGCAACAUGGUAACCAGGCUCUUGAGGGUUUCCGCACUCUCGGAACCCUGAUCAUCACCAAUGGCCAGUUCCGCAAGCUUCUCAAGGACGCUACUAUCCUUCUCCGCGAUAUGGCUGGUGACGCCGCCACCAAUGCGGCUGCCCGCGUUAAGCCUUCACAUGAGGAUCUUAACCAGAUCGACACUCCGGCUGCGGACAACACCUGGCACGAGGCCCCCGAUUUCAAGCAAGGCAAGGAGGGGAUGAAGAACAAGUUGGGCAGCUACUACAAGGGUAAUCCCAAGGAGGAUGCGAAGGCUGUUGCUGCCGAGGGCACCUCCACUGCCCAUCCCACUGGAUCCUCUGACCCCAGAGAUUUGGCUGGCACUGCGGCUCGCGAGCAGGCUCAUGGCGGAUCAACAGGCAUCAAUGUUGUCGGUGGUGCCCAGGCCGCCGCUAAUGCCGCAAAGCACCAGCUCGAUGCCAACCUUGACCAGGAGGCAAAGGACAAGGCCAAGGCGAAGAAGGACGAGUAUCGUGCCCGUACUAAGGAUUACUUCUCCAAGAAGAUGCCCCAGGAGCGCCGCGAGCAGACCAUCUGGCGUCUCAAGAAAAUGGUUCUGGAGUGCCAGCAGCAUCCCGAUUAUCACGCCGCCAUCACCACCUUGUUGAACCUUGCUGAAAUGUACGGUGAUCAUGCCAACCGGUUGGCCAAGGGCGGCACUGGUACUGUCAAGGAGACCCGCACUGGUUUGGCCCAGGCUGAGGGCGAUCUCAAGACUUUGAUCGAGCGCUUUGCCAACGGCACUUCCACUGACGACCUUUGGGCCUCGAUCAAUGCCAUCUAUGAGGACGCCGACCGGGAUCCUGAGCUCAAGGGCUGGUUCAGGUCCUUGAACGUCUACAUCCGCCGCUGCCUCCAGGAGCAAGGCUACAUCCUCGACGACGAUUCCAACGUUCAGUGGAACGCCCUCUACGACCAGGGCAACUACCUUCUCCGCACCAAGUACCGCGUCCACACCGAUCGCAUUGUCGAUGAGAUCAAGUUCUUGGGUGACCAGUUUGAUCAGGACCCCCAGAACAAGGCUUUCGCCAACUCGCUGACCAAGCUCUUCACCGAGCUCGGCAAUGAUGAGAAUGGCAAGCCCACCUUCAAGCCCCAUCUGGUCAAGGAUCUUACCGAUGUCAUCCUCCCAGCCAUGUUUGAGAAGAUCGCAUAUAUCCCUGUGCCACGCAUAGAGUACUCUGACCAUCAGAUUGAUGCGGUCAUUGAGAACCUUGUUCUUGAGAGCGAUAACUUCAUGCCCAACAUUCUCGAGAUUGCUAGUGAAAACUACAUGCGGUUUGGGCGCAAGAAUUUGAGCAACAAGAGCAAGCACUCGAUCGAUAUCAAGGUUGCUGGAGUCCAGAUGGAUUUGCGCGAUGUCAGCUACUACAUCAAGCGCAAGCAGGGCUUCCCCUCCCUCACCGACACGGGUGUGGCUAACAUCCUGCUCGCCGGCGAUGGGUUCAGCUUUCGUAUGAAGAUGGCUACCCCCGACGAGCGGGAUUCGCAGAACUUUUUCAAGAUUGACAAGGUGGAUGUUGAUGUCAAGAACCUGCACAUCAAGUUGUCCAAGUCUAACCACAAGCUUCUGUUCGGCCUCUUCAAGCCCAUCAUGCUCAAGGUCCUCCGCCCUGGUCUGCAGAAGGCUUUGGAGAAGGCCAUCAAGGACCAGGCGGUCAAGCUGGAUAGAAUUCUCUUCCAGAUCAAGCAGGAGGCCGACCGUGCCAUGGAUCAGGCCCGUGAGAAUCCCGAGAAUGUUCCCAACAUUUACAACCGCUACGUCACUGCGGCCCAGAAGCAGAUUCUGCAGGGCAAGCACAAGGCCGAAGCCAUUGCGGCUGACAAGAAGGUCAACUACGCCAUCACCAAGGAGGACAGCAUGUUCCCCAACAUCCACCUUCCUGGCGGCAUCAGCUCCAAGGCCACCGAGUACAAGGAGCUUGCCCGCAAGGGUGACAAGUGGGAGAGCCCUGUCUUUUCGAUUGGCAGCGCCUCCAAGAGCCGUGACAUCCCUCCCGCCCCUACCGUCACUCGCAAGCCGCACACCACCUCGGCUGACACUGCUGCUGCCCAUGGCGGUGCUUAUGCCGGUAAUGACGGUGCUUAUGCUGGCAACGGCGGUGCCUAUACUGGUAACGGCGGUGCCUAUGGUGGUAACGGCAGUGCUCAUGCUGGCAAUGGUGGCGCCUACUCCAACGGCGGUGCCUACUCCAACGGCGGUGCCUACUCCAACGGCGGCGCCUAUGCCCAUGGUGGUGCUCUUAAUGGCAGCGCUCUCAAUGGUGGCGCCCUCAAGGACAAGACCCAGCUUCCCCCAGCCGCUACCACGACUGCUCCCGCUGGUUAUGCCGUUUAA